AUGCCGGUGUUUGAAAAAAAAGACACUGUACAUACCAAUGUUCCAUCCCCUAGACCAUCUACUAAUUCACAUACUUCAUCUACUUAUAUUCCUCGAUAUAGACUAAGUAUCACUACCAAUGAAGAUAUAAAUUUACAAUCUAUAGAUCCCGGUACUGUGAAAAUCGAUUGUUCGGGAGCAUUUAUUGCUAAUGAUGAUUUAUUACGAGAUACUGUGCCUGAUAUAAAUGAUGAAAACAACAAUUCAUCUUCUUCAACUUCAGGAACUCCUCCUCUGUCAAAUACAUCGUCAGAUCUUGAAGAAGAAGAAGAAGAUGAAUUUGACACUGAAGAAAAUGGUGGAGGUGUAAGUGAUUCUUCAAGUACAACUGUUGAAGAUGAUGAAAAUCAAUUGCAACAACUUCAACAACAACCUUUAUAUGGGGGUGUUAUUACGAAAAACAAUAUCACAUUACCGCAACACAAUGAUGAAAUCAUACAUAUAUCCGUGGAUAUUGGUGGUACAUUAACCAAAUUAGUUUAUUUUACCAAAUCGUCAUCCAAUAGGAAAAAUUCCACUCGGAAAACCGCUGGUGGUGGUGGUAAAUUACAUUUCCAAGAUUUCCAAACUGAAAAUUUCAAAAAUGAAGCUAUGAAAUUUAUGAUUAAAUUAAUACAAAAAUCAAUUAAUAAAUCCAAUAUCAAUCCUCCUAUAACUUAUAUUAUGGCCACUGGUGGAGGAGCACAUAAAUUUUAUAAUUUAAUGAAGAAAACUUUUAAAAAACAUAAAUUACCCAUGAAAAUCAUUGCUAAAGAUGAGAUGGAAUGUUUAAUUAAAGGAUUAGACUGGUUAAUAACAAAAAUUCCGCAAGAAAUUUUCACCUAUGAUUUAACUGAAUUAACCACCAAAUUUGAACCAAUUCAAUCGAAAAAAGAAAUUUAUCCUUAUUUAUUAGUUAAUAUAGGUAGUGGGGUGAGUAUGGUUAAAGUAACUAAACCAGGACCUGAAGGAUUUGAAAGAAUUGGUGGAAGUUCAUUAGGUGGAGGUACAUUAUGGGGGUUACUAUCAUUAUUAACUGAUGCUAAAGAUUAUAAUGAAAUGUUGGAAAUGGCUCAAAAUGGGGAUAAUGAAAAUAUUGAUUUAUUAGUAGGGGAUAUUUAUGGAACCAAUUAUAAUAAAAUUGGAUUAAAAGCCAAUCAUAUUGCAUCAUCGUUUGCCAAAGUUUUCAAAAAACUAAGAAAAUUCAACACCAACACCAAUAAUACGACUAAUUCCGAUAAUGAUAGUAAUAAAUUUAAAAAAUUGACUGCUGCUGAAAAAUUAGCUCAGUUCAAACAAGAAGAUAUUGCUCGAUCCUUAUUAUUUUCCAUAUCUAAUAAUAUUGGACAAAUUGCUUAUUUACAUGCAUUAAGAUUCAAUUUGAAAAGAAUAUAUUUUGGUGGUAGUUAUAUAUCAGGUCAUAUGCAAACCAUCCAUACUUUAAGUUAUGCUGUGAAUUUUUGGUCUAAAGGUGAAAUGCAAAGUUAUUUCUUACGUCAUGAAGGUUAUUUAGGAAGUGUUGGUGCUUUUAUGAUGGGACCAGCUCCAAUUCUUGAAGAAAAUGGAAACUUAUCAAAUGAAAAUACCAACACUAGUAUUAAAAUUGCCAAUGGAGUUCAACAUUGA